AUGAGUCAACCUGAAAAGGCUCCAACAAGGGGCCAUUCAAAGAACAAGUCAUCGGUUUCGCGCUCUUCGCGACCGAGAUCUUCUACGAAAGGCCCCCUCGACGUAGACGAUGAUCCGUUAAGCUCACCACCAACUCCAACACCCGAACGUCUCCAAGCUCAACUACCCCGGCGCUCCAUAUCCCAAUCCCGUCAAUCAGCCAGCUCUCCCAUCCCCCAAGUAGGCGAAUCUCUCCCCAAGGACUUCUCAUUCCUCCUCCGUCCAGAAAUCUACCAUCCCCUCACACCACUCAACGUGCCCAUUGCCUUCCGCAACUCCGCCAAGCAGCCAGAUCCUACUGCGCCGCUGGAACAACUCCUUGCGAAUGGCCACUUUCGCGCAGCAGCCAUCGCGGCUGUCCAAGAACUAACUGGCUCCGGGGCCCAAGGAGCCGUAGACCCAACCGACUCCCAGCGCAUAUUCACGCUUUUGUACACCCGUCUCGUCUGCCUGACGCUCAUUGACGCCACCCCGCUGGCAGCCCAGGAAGUGAAAGCGCUGGAAGAUUUGAGCAACACACGCACAUAUGUCGAUGACAAGACGGGCGAGCACCUGGUCCCCUGGGAGCUACGAGUGCUCAAUGUGCGGCUACAAGCUCUUGGAUUUGGAGACCCUCGCCGAGCAGUCAUGAGCUACCACGACUUGGCGAGAGACGCACGCGAGCACAUUGGUAAAGCCGCGGCGCGACAUGACGAUUCUGCAGUUGAGGUUUGGAAAGCCCGUCUCUACGAGUUGGGGGUCAAGGUUGCGGGCGCGCUCAUCGACAUGGACGACCUCUCCGGCGCGGCAUGCCAUCUAAAGAGCCUAAGAGAUAGGGGCGAUGGCAAGAUUGCGCUAUCAAAAGCCCUGCUGUGGCUGCACCUGGGCGAUGCGGAUGAGGCGAGAGAGUGCGCGAGCCAAUGCUCCAAGGGCGCUGCUGAGACGGAGAAGCUCAUCUUGGCGUUGUGUGACAUGGCGGAUGGUGACUAUGACUCUGCGUUGAAGAAGUGGGAGGAUAUGAGGGGCGAUUUGCCAGAGGACGAAAUGGUUGGUGUGAACACGGCGGUUUGUCUGUUAUAUCUCGGCAGAAUGCAAGAGGGCCGCGAUAUCCUCGAAAGCCUCAUCGAGUCUGGUUUCUCAUCACACACCCUCCUCUUUAACCUGUCGACCAUGUACGAACUAUGCACCGAGAAGCACCGCAAUCUCAAGGUGAAGCUCGCAGAGCGGGUGGCAGGAAUGGACGAGUCACCCUCCGGAUGGGAAAAGCUAAACGCCGACUUUAAACUAUAG